CCCAAUCGCGUACCAGCAGCCCCAGCGUCCUUUCAUUCAGGAGAGAAACAUGGCGGACCGGCUCACGCAGCUGCAGGACGCUGUGAAUUCGCUUGCAGAUCAGUUUUGUAAUGCCAUUGGAGUGUUGCAGCAGUGUGGUCCUCCGGCCUCUUUUAGUAAUAUUCAGACAGCAAUUAACAAAGAUCAGCCAGCGAAUCCUACAGAAGAAUAUGCCCAGCUUUUUGCUGCAUUGAUUGCACGAACAGCAAAAGACAUUGAUGUUUUGAUAGAUUCCUUGCCAAGUGAAGAAUCUACAGCUGCUUUACAGGCUGCAAGCUUGUAUAAGCUAGAAGAAGAAAACCACGAGGCUGCUACAUGUCUGGAGGAUGUUGUUUACCGAGGGGACAUGCUUCUAGAAAAGAUACAAAGUGCACUUGCUGACAUUGCGCAGUCACAGCUGAAGACAAGAAGUGGUACCCACAGCCAGUCUCUUCCAGACUCAUAGUGCCCAUACAUAGCAUGUGGCUGAGAAAAGAACUGUUUCAAUGCCAUAAAGAAUUCUGUAUCAGAUUUAGAUGUAGGCCUUGCCAACAGUUACAGAAACAUUAAGCACUAUAAUAUGUUAUCUUUUUCGCUACUUUUAAUAGUCUUCUAUUUUCACUCUUGAUAAAUUAGCUUGUAAAAUUGUGAUUGAAUCAGCUUUAAACCAUCAUUAUAUCAUUUUUUAUUAUCUGAAUGAAAUUGAGGCAGCUAUUGCAUUAAUGAUUAUAAUUUAAUUAAACAACUGUGCUAUAAAAUUCUGUUGUGACAUAAUGUCUAUCUUUAUUUUUAUCAUUCUACAGUCUUUUUACAAAUAAAAACAUCCCUCAAGCCAGAGGAGAGGUGGUAAGUGCAGAAUACGGGAUAUUUCAAUUUAGGUUGGUUUCCUUCUGCCCCUUUAGAGGUCGCAUUGUAGAAAUUUGGAGCUUGAGCAAGGAACGUUUGAAACCCUGUAGCUUUUAAGAAACACAGAAUUAGUGUGGCUGAACAAGAGAUUAGGUCACUUUUAUGGAAACUUUCCUCUUUUUCCAGAACCUCAUACCCACUCUAGUAGAUCGUACUUGUUUCUCUAUGGAAUUCCCAUGCUAUUGUGAAAAUUUUUCUUCAUUCUGAACUACUUUUUUCCUAUAACUUUUCACCUGCUUCUUUUCAUUCUUCCCCUUAAUUUCAGCAGUGAAGUAUGUUUCCUGAGUCAUUGAUUAAUUCCUAUUCUUUGUAUUUAUCUGAAGGUUCUGUCUUCUGAUCUUGGUAAAUUCUCAACCUUUAUUGCUGCAUUGUAAUCUAACCAGAACAUACUUCCACUCCAUCAGUUACUUCAAUAUGACUUUCUCUAUUGCACUUUAGUUUGUUAUUGCUAACAUUUGUGUCAGCAUUAUUAAGUAUGAUUACUCAUCCAGCUCUUGGAUAUCCUUGAAUCUACUGAUUCUCUCCAUAGAAAGCUGAAGAUAAAAUUUAACUGUUUCUAUCUCCCGAGGCUGCAUUUUUUAGGAUAUCCUGAGCUACAUUUCCUGUAAUCCGUUACUUAUCCAGAGUUUAAGAAAGAGCAAGAACAAUAGUCAGAGAGUCUCUCUGUUAUUCUCAUCAUAAUCAAGCUCUGCCACAGUUCUUGAAAAAUGCUGCUUAGAGGAACUUUUAAUGUCUUUAAUGUAAUUUAUAGAAUCAUUAACUUUUAAAAUUAUGUUAAAUGUUGUCUAUACUAAUAGAUAUUUAAACUG